AUGCGUCUCACUGCUGCUGCCUGCCUUGCCUUUGCAGCUGCCAUCAGCGGCGUCACCGCGGAGAGCAUUGUCAUCAAGAUUUGCAAUGGCGCCUAUCUUGAAGGAACCUGCAUUACUCCCAGCAUUGGAAUUCAACAUGAUUGCUACAGCCUAAAGGACAAGGCCAACGGCGUCAUUCAAGGAGAUGUCCGCUCUGUUCACAUCCCUGACGGCUAUCGAUGCCGCUUCUGGACGUACGUACUCCCCACUCCAUGGGCCACUGCACUGGCUGACAUAUGCUGUGUAAUUUUCAGUUCUUAUUCCUGCAAUGGCGGUAGUACUGGUGAUAUCCAGGCCCCUGGUCAGGACUCAACCUCCCCUCCGAGCAUGGGCUCUGUCAAGUGCUACGCGAACUAA